CUCAGUACCGUUUCCGAGCGCAGAGUGGCCGGGAGGGGUUGAAGAUUCCCCGACUGCCGAAUCCAGAACCCUAAGCGUCUCGAGGACUCCCCGACCAAGGGAGCGAUUGAAUUAGCGGCAGUGUUUUUUAGGCCAUGGGUCUUGCAUCUAGUGGCAUGGUCGUUCCUUACGCGUUGCGGAUUCCGAAUCCGUCCCGUUUUCGUGUAACCUUCGUCAUCAAUUCUUUCCGAUUUGUCAGUUACCUUAUAUUUAUUAGCUGGUCUCAUUUACGCUUGCUGUCCGCCCAGCUCACGAAGGCGUCUGGACACCUCUCUAGUGGCUUUGUUUACCUACGUUCCUGCAGUGGUGCCGAGAGAAACAUAUCCCGUCCGGGUGGAUUUACACAUAUAUUGUUGGAGUGUUACACAGGUGCAGUGCUUAACUUUAAACGGUGAUUAAAACUUCGAAUACCUUACUCGUGUUCGGAUCUGUUCUAUUUGGAUACGAAUUUUAAGUAUUUAUAACUGCAAAGUUUAGAGGGAAAGUAGUGCUGUGGAUGCAAUUCUAUCCAUCCCGAACUAUAAGAUGAUUCUUGAAAGCUGUUGGGUCUAAGAGCAACUUCAGUGGAAAAUGAAAUUUUUUCGAUUAUAUUGGAAAAUUCCAUGGAGUUCGAUUGCAUUUCUCAUAUGCUUGACCAAAAAUCUCUCUGGUUCCUCUAAUUAUAAUCAAAACAAAUGCACAUUUCCCUCUCGGUGGGAAGGGACGUGGUUCCAAUCGGGAGUUCGGAGUCCCAUCACAAUCCAAGAUAAUAAAUUAAGCAAUAAAGGAAGGUGCCUUGCGUCUGAGGGUGAUAAAUUCUUGGUCGUUGACGAGAACGAUGUAUGUUUUCGAUGUGUCGUGGUACAUGAAAAACACGCGAAUGUUCUCCAGUACAAAGAAACUUUUUGCCAUGGUCGAACCACUUUGCAAAAUCUGUGCACUCUCAUCACCGGGGAUGCUUUGUUGUACUCAAUGUUCCGGGAGGAGGCUGUCCCUGUGCCUUGCCCUUUCAAGCCUCCCCACUCAUUUACCUACAAUCGCGGGCACGGCGAGUGCCGCUCUCCUAUCUCGAGCAUUGACUCCUGCACCCAGGAUUCUCGCAUUCUCUUUAAGUAUCAAGCCUGUCCAGAUAUUUACGGCUCAGAGAGCGCAGUGGAAGAACUUCAGUGCCUGGCAACAUGGAAGGAGGGCUCGUCUCGCUAUUUGGUGGGUAAGGUGCACCACAGUCAUGCGACGUCCAACGAAGACCGUUAUAGAUGUUUCGUCUACGAGAAAACCAGUUCGACCAAUAUGGUGGCAAACAUGGAACAGUAUGGUGCGAAUAUUUUCAACGGGAUCGGCAUGCCGAUGGGGCGACGGGCCGACGAGGACGUUGAGUUCCAGAUCGCCCAAUCAGGAGACGCUACCUGCAACGGGCUUUUCACACCUCUCGAGGGCUCUCGCAUCAUGACCCUACGAAAAGGUAAUUCACCUAGCAAAUGCAAGUUUCCGAACUGGUUGACGGUCUCAGGGCACUGGCACACGCUGGAUUACAAGCGGAGCUACUCCUUCCACCACCGUAACACGACGCUGCAUAUCAGCAACUCAACGAGCACAAGUGGAAAGAAGAGUGACGGAAGGACUGAACCCUCGAAGCCUUUUGCGGACCCUUCCUGGGCGAGCCUUUCGGACCACAACUCAAGGAUUAUUUGCACGGAGCUCAAGCAGGUCACUGCUGAAAUCGCACAUCUCGUAGCCCACGCAACAACCGGCUGUCAAAGUGGUUUCGUUUGUUUGACGUUUUACAAACGAGACGAUCAUGUCAUCGAAGUUCAAACAGGCACGACCUCUCACAGGCAAGAAGAUGCUUGCAAUGGAAGUCAUUUCGAUACAUCGACUUCGCCGUACAUAACUCUUGUCACAACUGUUCCAGAGCAAAAACUUUGCCCCUACGCCGGAAAUUACAUUGUAUCCAGACCAGAGGUAAAACAAAGAUCAUCUCACUCUGCUGGAGACCAGUCUCGACCAGAUGUUAGCGGGGCUACCUUUGUGGAGCAAAGAAACCUGAUGGAACGAGAUUUAAUGCAAAAUCAAAUUGCAGAAGUGAUAGUUAGAAAUGAGGAGCACAAAAACAUUAGAUUCAAGAGAAGUUCAAUGAAAAGUUACGUUCGACGGAAAGUCUUACGUAAACUCAUGGAUAGCGGUGACGUUACUCCCCGUAUUCUUAGAAGUAGCAGAGACAAUGAUACACAUAUUUAUGUUAAUGGUACUAGUAGUGGGAGCCACACCACAAGUGAUACAAAAAGUAAUUUUAAGGCCAGUGAUAUUAGAGAAAACCUUAGCGGUGAAACUGAUUACAAUUUAGAAAGCAAUUUUAGUGUGAAAAAAUUCAUUAGUAGUAUUAGAGGAAGUUCUAUUUUGGGUAGGGAAGAUUUUCAAAGAGGUAGUUCUGAUGGUAAAAGAGAGCGAAAGGCAAGAGAUGUGGACGUCGCCUCUGCGAGAGACUUGAAUUGUGCCUUGGACUAUAAAACACUCACCAUUGGCUGUGCUGGUGCUUUCGAUACAAUGCAAUUUCGCACGGACUGCAAGUCUUCGUCUGAAUCUGUAUCAGUGUACUCGUGUCAUGGCGGUUGGGUGAGCGAGAACGGAAGUGAGCACUACCUAAUCACGACACCUCUUAGCAGGAGCUCCAGGGGGCCUCGCCGCUAUUGUUUCACGUACCGACUGACAGAGGACGGUACCACACUUCGCUUCACCAGCAGCGCCGACACUUGCAGGCGAGGCAAUCUUGCUCUGCCCGCCCAUGCCAUCCAUGGUGCCUCCUUUCCUGAUGAUGACAUCAACCUCAAUAUUACUUUAAUAGGUAAGUGCCUAGAUGCUAACAGAGCUCACAGUACCUCGUCGUUCUCAAUAUUCUGUCUCGCUAUCAUCCUGUGGCACUCAACAGUUAAAUGUCUUCUCAGCUGCAGAUGACUGCCAUCAGCAUCGGACUUAUUUUUAGAUUUCUUUUAGAUAGACUAUUCUUCUUGCUGUAAUUCUGAUUUUCAAAAUGCUCCCCAGGAAUUGCACCAUGAUCUUGCCCUCAUUGUUUUGUAAAAAUGUUAUUGUUUUCCUCUUCUUCCUUUCUCAGGGCACAGUGUUAAGUAAGUUUCUAUUUCUGCGUUAAGAAGCAGAGAACCGACCCUCAAAAUAAAACUAAAAUUUGGCGUGACUUACUACGGAGAGAUAAAAAAAUAUAUACCUAUACAGAUAUGGGUGCACCCUAGUAUAUCUUGUUGCCAUUACUCGUAAAACCAAGAAUUUCUCGCAGGACUGACAAGCCUGGUUCAAAAUUUUUUGACAAUUGCCACCCGGCCAGUAGAGAUUCGUACCAGAAAAUGGGCCGUACUUACAUCCUCAAUCUGAUCUUUUGAAUAUUUUUUUUAGUAUUCAAAAGAGAAUUGCCUCUUGGGUCCAUAACACUCAAGUUAUUGGAAAUCGGAUAAUCAUAGGAGAAGAGGAGGCGUCAAGGUUUAAACUGUAAAAAAAAAACAUUCUUGACUCAUAAAAGAUUUGUAUAAAGCAUAGACCUACGCAGGAGAAUGAAACAGAACAGCAGGCUCGCAUCAAAUCUUUUCCCGAAUUUUUUGCCGUCAGUUGUUCGGGUCCUGUUUGAUGCGGAUUCCCCGAAGAUGAUUGAUUAAAAAAAGAGAGGAAAAAAAAAUCAUGCUAUUCUGUAAAAAUUAAUUUGCUCGGAAGUUACUUCCUUGUUACUAAUUCCUCUCAUUCUGACAAUCUCGGUUUCUUCGAGAGACUUCCUACCGGUACAAUCCCCAGCUGUACUUUUUUCCUUUUCAUCAUCGAGAGGCAAGACCAACAGGAGAUUAGUACAUUUCAAGGGCAGAAUGACUGAAUAAAUACUAGAUAGAGAAUGGGGAAAA